GAUGGAGCGCCACAUAAACGCCUUGACGCGCUCAGCGCGCUCUAGAAUCACUUGCGGGAGGCCAUCAAAUUCUCUUUGCGAGUUUCUUCCGACUGCUGGACUAAGAAAUCUCCUUCCCUUCUUCUUCGAAGCAUUCUUCUUCAACAACCGACAAUGCGUGAAGUAAUCUCCAUCCAUGUUGGCCAGGCUGGCGUCCAGAUGGGCAAUGCCUGCUGGGAGUUGUACUGCCUUGAGCAUGGCAUCCAGCCUGACGGACAAAUGCCGUCCGACAAGACUGUUGGAGGUGGCGACGACUCCUUCAACACCUUCUUCAGCGAGACUGGCGCUGGCAAGCACGUUCCCCGCACAGUCAUGGUCGACUUGGAGCCAACUGUUAUUGAUGAGGUGCGUACCGGUACCUAUCGUCAGCUCUUCCACCCUGAGCAAUUAAUUACAGGCAAAGAGGAUGCCGCCAACAACUAUGCUCGCGGUCACUACACCGUCGGAAAGGACAUUAUUGACAUUGUUCUCGACCGUUGUCGCAAACUGGCUGACCAGUGUACCGGUCUGCAGGGUUUCCUCAUCUUCCAUUCGUUCGGUGGUGGUACCGGCUCUGGAUUUGCUUCUCUGCUUAUGGAGCGUCUCUCCGUGGACUACGGAAAGAAGAGCAAGCUGGAGUUUGCCAUCUACCCAGCCCCUCAGAUUUCUUCCGCUGUGGUUGAGCCCUACAACAGUGUACUGACCACUCACACCACACUGGAGCAUUCUGACUGCGCCUUCAUGGUUGACAACGAAGCCACCUAUGACAUCUGCCGUCGCAACCUGGACAUCCAGCGCCCGACUUACACCAAUCUGAACCGCAUGAUCGCUCAGGUGGUCUCCUCUAUCACUGCUUCCCUGCGAUUUGAUGGUGCAUUGAACGUGGACUUGACUGAGUUCCAGACCAACUUGGUGCCAUACCCACGUAUUCACUUCCCACUGGUCACAUAUGCUCCCAUCAUCAGCGCCGAGAAGGCCUACCACGAGCAGCUGAGUGUCAGCGAGAUCACCAACUCCUGCUUUGAGCCGGCCAACCAGAUGGUGAAGUGCGACCCACGUCACGGCAAGUACAUGGCCUGUUGCCUACUGUACCGUGGUGAUGUUGUGCCCAAGGAUGUCAACGCAUCCAUUGCCACCAUCAAGACAAAGCGUACCAUCCAGUUUGUCGACUGGUGCCCAACUGGUUUCAAGGUCGGUAUCAACUACCAGCCACCAACUGUUGUACCCGGUGGUGACUUGGCCAAGGUACAGCGUGCCGUCUGCAUGUUGUCCAACACCACUGCCAUUGCUGAGGCAUGGGCUCGUCUGGAUCACAAGUUUGAUCUGAUGUACGCCAAGCGUGCCUUUGUCCAUUGGUAUGUUGGUGAGGGUAUGGAGGAAGGUGAAUUCUCUGAGGCUCGUGAAGAUCUUGCUGCCCUCGAGAAGGACUAUGAAGAGGUCGGUGUCGACACUGCUGAUGGCGAGGGUGAAGGCGAGGGUGAGGGAGAGGAGUACUAGAUCAUUGGUAUUAAUCACACAGGCGCUCACUUUCUCACGUAUCCAUCGAUCUGAUAUGACGUCGUUCAUACUUCAAACACACUCUACACGAUUGUUUUGCUAUUGAAGUACAAGCUCACUCUCAAACUGUAUGAAAUACAAGUUGAAACUCUCUUUCAUGAUCACCUGGGUUUUCUACAUCAUAUUCUUUUGCAUACGAUCUAUUAUACUGGUCAACUGUUCUAUGCUACACAUUAUGCCGGAUAUGGACUAUCUUUACUUUCACACAUUGGUCAAAAAGUCACGGUUGUAUUCUACAAAUAGUAUUCUAGUCUGCAUUAUUUCAAAUCCAUUGUAAUGUCAUUCGUAAACAGUGAUGCUGGAUGAACUAAA